ACAAAUGGAUCGCUAAACUGACCAAACGAACAGAACUUAGUUGAAACUAAUUCCGAAUUUCGAUAUAUCGAAUUAAAUCGUGCAUGCGCUUUACAUACAUCCGAAGUUAACGUAGCGAGCAACAGGUAGCGUUUCAAACAUAGAAGGGUACUGCGUACGCAAGUUUCCCGCCAAAACUUAGUGUUACUGUCGUAUCAGAUGCAACGUUGAGUCUGUUUGGAAGAUGUUAAAAUUUAUUUAAUAAACAUUGUUUAUCAUAAAAUAUUAAACGCUGAACGAUGGAUCCGAGUGAAGUAGAAUUUCUCGGUGAAAAAGAAUUAGUCACCAUUGUGCCGAAUUUUAGUUUUGACAUGAUUCAUUUAAUUUCGGGAUCUGUGGGCCCUUUUCGAGCCGGUUUACCUGUGAAAGUUCCGAUUUGGUUGGCUGUAAACCUGAAGCAGCAACAAAAGUGUCGAAUCGUUAAUCAAGACUGGAUGGACGUUGAUGGCUUAAAUGAGACGAAGGAGGAAGAAAAGUUAUCCAAAUUGUUUAUAAAAAUGCCCAGUAAUCAUUACAUGGAAGAAGCACAGCUUUUACUGAAUGUUGGUAGUGAUGAUAUACCUGAUGCGGACAGAAUAAAAACAGCAGUGAAGGAUAUAUGGGACAUAAGAAUGUCAAAGCUCCGUACAUCAAUAGAUGCAUUCCUUAAAAGCGAAGGUUUACACGCUAAGCUGGACCAUUUAACUGCCAUGGAAAUCAACAGUGUUCGUCCAUUAUUGCCACAUGCUCUGGAUCAAAUGCUAAGGAUACAAACCAUAUCUGUACCUCAUACGAUAAUAAUUCUAUUACAAGAAAAUCUUUUUUAUGCUUUCUAAAGCAAACUUUAUAUUUUUUAGGAUGGAAAACUGACACAAUCUCAUUAUAGUGGGACAUCACAAUAGACUGACCACUAGAUGAUGUUUUUCUUUUUCAUGCAUAAUCUAUCGUAAUUUCUAGAUUGUAAAUAUACAUGUAUAUAUUGUGUAUUGAUAUGAAGUAUUUAUAAUGCAUUUUUGUUGAUUUCGUGUAACGAAAUAAAGAAAAUGGGAAAUAAAAUAAUAUAUUCAUAGUAUGUAAUAUAUGAAUGCGAUAUAAUAGUUUUAUUAUUUCUUAUUCUUAGAUCAUUACAUACAGUCACUAGCAUCUCAAUCACAAUUUCUCAUUAUCACUAAUAUAAAGUAAACUUAUAUUUACAUCGGUAGAUCUGUCGACUAAUUAACUCGCAUCUCGUUCGGCGCUAUUUCUUUUUUUCACAAUAUUUACAUCUCUUAAGCUUAUAAUACACAGUCCUUUAAUAAUCUUUGAUUUGAAUUGUCAAGGUAGAUAUCGUUUUAACAAACUUAACGUUGACCGGUUUAACCUAAUGUGCUGAAAAAUUUGAUCUACUCAAAUUUCAGUCAAAAUUGCAACCUCCAAUCUCGUGUUAAGUUUGUAAAUCGAAUCAUCCAGUGUAGAAAAUGUGGAAACGUAUGUUACAAAAUAAAAGAUGGAAAUAAUUGGGAACUGCAGUCAUAGGAUGGGUCUGAUGCUACAAGUGAGAACUUACAAAAUUUCGGUGUUCGAUAUAUGUACACAUGUUCAAUCAGCUCUCGUUUAAUUGAGAGACAUAUCGCUUCAGAUAACUAGAGGAUCGCCUGUCAUGUUAUUAAUAUAUCCUAAAAUCUUCAAAAUUAUGUAUAAAGGGUAGUUAACGUAAAUAUCAAUGUGCCAAAACCAAAACUCUGUUCGUAAUAAAAAUUCAAAUAAUUCUCCGAAUUUAGAUCCUCCAAAUGUUUCGCACAGCAGUCGUUUUGUUUUGUAAGUCGCUAUUGCUUUCUAUUUUGUUUUAGUCAAUUC